GGCCACCGGGGAGCCGUGGACCUUCGUCCCGAACAGCUCCUCCUCAGACGCGGAAGAGCCGAGCGAGGAGCCGCCGGAGGCCUGGGGCGGCCCCGAGCCGUGGGGCACGGAGCUGGGCCUUCGCCCGCGGAACAUGGCGCCCUGGACGCUGUGGCGCUGCUGCCAGCGCGUGGUGGGCUGGGUGCCGGUGCUCUUCAUCGCCUUCGUGGUGGCCUGGUCCUACUACGCCUACGUGGUGGAGCUGUGCGUGUUUACCAUUGAAGAAAUGCGUAAACAAAGAAAUGAAGAUCAUGGAAAGACCGUUGUUUACCUUGUGGCUUUUCAUCUGUUCUUUGUUAUGUUUGUAUGGUCCUAUUGGAUGACAAUAUUCACAUCUCCCGCUACCCCUUGCAAAGAGUUCUACUUGUCUACUUCGGAAAAGGAAGCUUAUGAAAAGGAAGACAACCAAGAAAGACAACAAGCAAUUUUGAGAAGGGCAGCAAGAGACUUGCCUAUCUAUACCACAACAGCUUCAAGAACUAUCAGAUACUGUGAAAAGUGUCAGUUGAUUAAACCUGAUCGGACCCAUCACUGCUCAGCAUGUGACACAUGCGUUCUUAAGAUGGAUCAUCACUGUCCUUGGGUGAAUAACUGUGUGGGAUUUUCUAAUUACAAAUUCUUCAUGCUGUUUUUACUGUAUUCUCUGUUAUAUUGCCUUUUUGUUGCAACAACAGUUUUAGAGUACUUUAUAAAAUUUUGGACGCUUUGCCGCAGGAAAUCUACAGAGAAUUGUCCAAAGAAUGAACUGACAGAUACACGUGCAAAAUUCCACGUACUUUUCCUUUUCUUUGUGUCUGCAAUGUUCUUCAUCAGUGUCCUCUCGCUAUUCAGCUACCACUGCUGGCUAGUUGGAAAAAAUAGAACAACUAUAGAAUCAUUCCGUGCACCUACGUUUUCGUAUGGACCUGAUGGGAAUGGUUUCUCUCUUGGGUACACCAAAAAUUGGAGACAAGUAUUUGGUGAAGAAAAGAAAUAUUGGCUACUUCCAGUGUUUUCAAGCUUGGGUGACGGUUGCAGUUUCCCUACUCGCCUGGUGGGGAUGGAUCCAGAACAAGCUUCUGGGACAAACCAAAAUGACUAUGCUAGAAGUAUUGCCUCAAAUCCACCUUUUCCUACCAGACCACUUAGUGAGUCAAAAAACCGUUUGUUGGACACUGACUGUCAGUGGCUGGAAAACGGAGCUGAAGACGGUGCCAUCAGAUCAGGGACAAAUAACCAUGUUACAGUGGCAGUAGAAAAUUGAGUACCACUUGUUCAUAACUAACCAUUCGAUAGGAGCAAGGUAUAUAAAAGCUCUGUGGACUGGUAUUUUCCAUUUCAUUUGCAAGAAAAUGAUCAAUGGAGAGAAAUCAAAUAUAACAGAAGAUCUAUUUUUUAAAAAUGGAAGUCUUUGUACAGUUCGCCUGAAUCUACAAAGCACUACAAAACAGAAUGAUGCCUUAAUUUUCAGUGUCUGUGCAUUGUUGACUCACAGCUCAAAAGUGGCUUAAUUUUCCCUUGGAAAUAGCGCUUGCCUGUUAGGAGAUGCUGUAAUAGGGGCUUUCAUCCCAUGUUAACAUGGCGUGUGCAUUUUAUACCUGAGUUACCAUGUUAGAGUGAUUUCUUCAUUUCCAGGUAAAUUUUCACCCCAAAACAUUUGCUAAGAGCUUGUCUUAAGUAUAUGAGGAACAACUGGUGGCUGAAUUGAAUAAUAUCCAAAUUAUAAUUGUCUGAACCAUAAAAAGGGAAAGAAAAUGACUGCUUUUUUACAAUUAGGUGUUUGCUAAUUUAUACUUUUAUACUUUUCAACAUUUUUAAUAAAAAAUCUUUUUAUUCUUGGCUAUAAAAUAACAUACUCAGAAGGAUUUAGCUAUCUAACUAUAAUCAUACAGACUAUAGAACAUGUUGGCAUAAUUCACUGAGGGCUUUUGGUUAAGCAUAUACAACCAUGUAGUAUACUUUGUACCCAAGGGUUGAAGGAGAAUUGGCAGUGUAAGAAAUAUUUGGGGUACUCUUUACUUUCUAAUUACUUUUUUGUUGAUCUGAAGGUAUUGGGGGGCACAAAAUUACACAAGCUACAAAAGAUUUGACACAGGAAUAGAUGGAAAUGGCUAGAAGAAAAAUGAAAACACAGGCAGCAUAUUGUAAACUAAGAAAUAUUUUCAGUUUGGAAGGCAUUUAAAACAAAACAUUGUGUAGUUGACUUGCAAUUUUUAAUUUAGGUAAUGACUAAGAAUUAUCUUGAAACUUUUUACAAUAAUCUGAUAACAGCUUAAAGUGACUUCAGAUGCAAUUUGAACUAGGAAAAAACUUUAGAAUAAUACAACUCUCAGGAAACAAUUAUAAGCCUCAGUAGUGGUUUAAAAUUUUCAGUCUCAGAAACGGAUUCUAAUUUUAAAUGCCAAAUCUUAAGUCAGACUUCCUUUUCUCACUGGACAUACUUCUCCUUUAAAACAUGGUCUAAGAGAUUGUUGUAUCUAGAGAAUAGUAUAGAAUACUAUGAAAGGUAAAUGAUACAGAAGUGUUACUCUUCACUGUGCUGUUUAAUCACACAGGCUCCUCCAGAUGGGCCCAGUAGGUGGGUGAAGAGAAACUUUACCAGCAUCUGUAGAAGUUAGCAUUUCCUUUCCAAUAAAACAGAUUGCAGGGUGGAGGGAGGAGGUCCUGAAUGAAUUGGGCAGGAUGACUUCUAACAUUCUGUAAUGCCUGUUAUUUGCAAAAUAGCCUUGCUUUUUAUUGAUCUGCCAGUAUUUUUGGAGUACUUUCUUUAUGUAUGUCAGUGUACUAGAAGUAGCUCUAUAAUAUUCUAAUCUAGCAUAGAUUUUAUAGUUGAUAUGCCAAGUUUACAAUUUGAAGGACUGUAGUUCACAUUGACCAUACUAAUGCUAAAUGUUAAGAAAUAACUUUUUUUCUCUUUGGACCAAAGGAAUGGGUUAGCUUUGAAAACAUAAUUUUGAAGUACUGCUAUAGGCUUUUUUACUUUUUUUCCAACUCUUUAAUCUUACUAACCUUUAUUUUAGAAAAUUAGCAGGAGAGUCAAGAUAUCAGCAGCCAAAAGCCUAACUUGUUUGGUGGCUUGAAUAUUACAGGAAUUAAUAAUAUUUAAAAGUGCUUGACAGCUUUUAGAAAUGUUCAGGUCCUUUUUGUGGGUACAUUUCAAUCAAUGGAUUUGCGUGCACUUAGCUAACAACUGAGGAAGCAUUUUCCCUUUAACCUAACUCAGGCACUUUUGUGAAUUAGGAUCUUUUUUAAUUCUUUUGUUAUUUAACAUCACCUUUAAUAGUAUACUAAAUAUUGUACCUUUUUGGAAAUGUCAGUUAAAAGACACUUUAGUUGCCUUUGAUUUAAUUAAUUUACAGCCAACAUUUGGCCACGUGGUAAACAUUUAACAGAAUUUACUCGUAAUAUCCCAGACCAUUCAUGACAGGCCUACAAAUAGGAUCAGGGGAAAGGCUGCCUCUUUGGUAUUUGUAUUGGUAUAGGUUUUCACUACCAACAGUUUAGAGAAAAAAGAUCAAAAGAAGCCUUGCCAAAACUUCUAAUUACUUCCAUCCUUCAAAUAUUGAACACUUGUGAUGAUACUUAAGGAAAAUGCAGGUGCAUUUCAGGUCUUGCCAUUGCCAUUAAAAAUAAGACAAGAGACUUGGUUCACCUGAUGUGAAUUUACUUGAAUAUCUAGUACCUGAGCACCGCUGUGCCAAACCAAAGAGCAGCUGCCAUGUGUUAGUUAUUGAAAAUGAUCAUGUUUACAAAGUUCAGUUCAUCUUCACGUAGGAUGAUUUUUUUAAAAAAGCAAAAACUUCUUACAUAUUUAGUGGUUAUGAUCGAAGGAGUCAUAGGUCUGCAAGACUGUAAAGUUAGUUUAAAUCAAAUAUGCAAUAUUUACUUGAAUUUUAUUUCUUGGAGAGCAAAUUUGACUGUGUUUACAUGGGUGUUUAAGAUAAUCAGACCUAUAAUUUAUCCAUUCACUUACUUUCACAGCAAAUGCAUAGUAAGGGCUCGGGGUUAGGACCUGCAUCCUUUGGGCAUAUGAAUAGACAGUAAUCUACAGGUAUGUUUCAUGUUUUUUUCCAUGCCUAGCACUGCUAUCAAUAGAGAGUAUUUUUAACCUGUUAAGAUAUAAUAUUUUUGCAUUGCAGCCAAAAUAAAGGUCAUGUCUAAUAAUUUGUUGGAUACAGACAAGUGUAAAUCUGAAAUCCUUGUUUUUCAUAUGCUCUAAACUGUAUUUUUCAAUUUAAAUUAAAAAGGCAGUAUAGAUUCACAAAGGUCCAUAUUUUUCUAAUGACUUCACUAUAUUAUUUUGUUGGGUUGCAUAAAGAAGCAAGCAGUUGUAUUCAUAUUAAAAAGAUUAAGAAAGCUGUUAAUUUUAUUAUAUUUGUACAUGAUUGCAGAUGAAUCUAUAUGCAUCAAAGCAAAAAGAUGGACACUAUUUUAAAAGUGAUUUUUUUUUUUUUGUCUGGUUGUUUUUUGUUUUUCUUGAGACAGGGUCUUGCUGUGUAGUCCAGGCUGGCCAUGAACUCACUGUUUAGCUAGCCAAGGCUGGCCUGGAACUCAUGGCGACCCUUUUGUCUCAGCCUUUCAAGUACUGGGAUUACAGGCAUGCGCCAUUUGAAGUGAUCUUUAAUAUGCUUUUAUAUAAACAAGUUUGAAAUACAAUUUACCAUGGUUGUCUUAUCAAGUACCAUAAGUCUUGUAUUUAUUUCUCAUUUGUAUAACCCUGGAUGGUGAUGUAAUGUUGACUCUGCUUUGUCUUUUGGAUGGCCUGAUUAACAUGUAUGUAAAACAUUUUAAAGCUUUUUUGUUCCCUCAAAGAACAUAAUUACUUUAUUAAUAAAUAAAGUCUUGUUUUGAAACA